GUUGGCUGCAGGUCGCGCAUCUUAUGGCUUGCAUCAUCUACGUGAUCUUUAUUCAUUUAAAUGGCUUGUAGUAGUUUAUAGGUAAUGUAUCCUUAUAAUGUUGGAAUUUCAUAAAUGUUCAGUUUACUGCAUGCUACACGUAGCUACACGUUUGCUCCGUUCGGACGGUAAACCUGCCGAUGUUUUCCUCAUUUGAAUCAAAUGCAUGUAACCUUAAUGCACAGUAAUGCAUGUGUAAUACGCGUGUAAUGGAUUUCCGCUUUAAGUGCACAAUGUAAAACAAUAAUUCAGUGUUGUAAGUGAAUUUGGGAGAAUGAUAUAGAUGUAUAGUAGUGGGUUACGAUAAGUGGCCAUAAGUGAAUAUGCUGCUUUCAAUUAAAUUCUUCUAAUUGAAAGCUAUAGCCAUUAAAAUAGAUUAUCAAGUGAGUUAAACUGAUAAAUGUGCACAAAUAAUUGGAUAUUUAUGUUCAUCUUUUGUUUUAAUGGCUGCAUAGACUGCAUAGAAUCUGUGACUUUUGUUGUUUAAGAGAUAAUUUAAAAAUAUGCAAAAAGCAUCACCCCCUGCUAAUACUGAUAACAUGUGAAUGCCAAUAGAAUGCAGUGCACUGUGUGACUUGCUUAGGAAUGUAAAUGUCACAGAGUACACAUGAUUCUUAUUGACUGUAUUUAAGGUGGAAAUUAAAUUACAUGCCUUGUGAUGGGAAACUGUUUUAAAGCACUAAGUAGGUAAUAUGGAGAAUGUUGCGUUGUGUAGAAAAGCAGAAUUGGAGCAGACUUUACACAUGCUUUAAAGGAACAUGUCGUCUUUUUGGGACUUUAGCUUAUUCACCGUAUCCCCCAGAGUUAGAUAAGUCCAUGCAUACCCUUUUUAUCUCCGAACCUGCUGUGACUCUGUCUGACGCACCCACCACUAGUCUAGCUUACUGCAUUCCCAAAAAGUGACAAAGAACGCCAGCAUUUUCCUAUUCCUAUUCCUUUAUUAAGCAGGGGAGAAAGCUUUUCCAGGAAACAGUCAAUAUAUCAUGGCCUGUUUUUUGUUCAUUACAAUCUCUGUGCUUUUAAGCAUGCAUGUUCUAUCAAAUGAUACAAUUGUGUUUAUUUUUCCGCAAGACAGAUAACCAGGACCAGUUAAGUUUUAAAUACAGGGCUCCAGACUAACUUUUUUCACUAGGAGCACAGUGGCCCCCAACUAAAAAUUUUAGGGGCGCAACCAGAAAAUUUAGGGGCACACAUCGUAAAUCAACAUGCUAACCAAAUAUUCACAUUUCUACUAAUUUUCACUGUAUUACUAAUAAAUACUUUAAUGAUAGAUGAAGAAAGUACAAUGUGCUGUUUCAAAUUCAUUGUCACAUCACAAAAAAAAUCACAUUUAUUGGUCGCACAUGUGCGACUGGAUGUAAAAUUCAGUGGCACACUCUGAAAUUUUGGUGGCAAAAUGCCCCCAUUUGGUGGCAGUCUGGAGCCCUGAAAUACAUUAAUUGCAUAUUGUGUGUAAUAUCUCUACAAUUUAUAUAGAAGAGAGUGGAUUUUUGGUAAUGCAAAAGCAAAAUUGUUUAAGUACAAAAGGGAAUUUAAGGGAAUUUUAGUGCUUAACUUUUAAGAGUCAAUAGUGUAAAAACAAAUUGUUGUAUAACCAGAAAUAACCUUUGUGGCCGGUGGCUCUUAUUUUGACACUUCUUAAAAGAACCCUCCAGGGUUUCCAUGCCCAUAACCUUCAAGAGUCUCAUGCCACUGACAGCUGUGUUGUUCAGUAAAAUAAGGCUAGAAUUGCUAUUUCCAAAAUCCAGGAUGAGUUGGGAUAUUUGCUAUUUUGGAAUAUAAUUGGAUAUUCUGCAUUGUGACAUAGUUUUUUAGAAGUAAAUGCUAAGAAUAGACAUCCUGUCUACAUCCUGUCCAUUUCCAUUCAGUUUCACAAAAACACCCAAGCUUGUUAACAUUAUUGCUUGUGGUAUUGGACAAAGUGAAGCGUGAUGUUGUUAUUGGUGAUCUUAUUACACACAUAUAAAAACAAUAUAAUUUGUCAUAUGAUCAUAUACUAAGAUUUUAAGAAAACAGACCAGUGUAGCUUGUUUUCUUUGUGUUGUGAAAUAAUUAAAACAAUCAGCAAAACCGGACCUGGGAAUGGCAUAAUUGGCUUUUGUUGUGUUCUCACCUGCAGACAUGUUUUGUGGAUUUGUUUGUCUUUACGUUUUGAUGUCAUGACAGUGACUUGUAAAGAGGGCGGGGCUGUUGGACCUGUUCGGCUUUCAGCCAGCUGAUUGGUGGUGAAUUUUAUCAACACAACACACAUGCACACAUUCAGAUCACACUGAGCACUGCUGCGCUUGUUUUUAGCUGGUGCACACACACACCCAAGAGACAAAUACUUGAGCAAGCAAUGGCUGGACCGAGGCCUGUGGUGAUGAGCGGGCCCUCUGGGGCCGGGAAAAGCACUUUCCUUAAAAGACUUCUCAAGGAGUUUGAAGGCGUGUUUGGCUUCAGUGUUUCUCAUACAACACGAAGCCCCCGACCAGGAGAGGAGAAUGGCAAAGAUUAUCAUUACGUGACCAGAGCAGAAAUGCAGAAGAGCAUAGCAGAAGGGAACUUUAUUGAACAUGCUGAAUUUUCAGGGAACAUGUAUGGAACAAGUAAAGCAGCUGUAAAAGUCGUUCAGGCAAACAAUUUGAUUUGCGUUUUGGAUGUUGAUAUGCAAGGUGUGAAAAGCAUUAAGAAAACCGAUCUUAACCCUAUUUAUGUGUCCAUCCAGCCCCCAUCAAUGGAAAUCCUGGAAAAUCGAUUAAGGGACAGAAAAACAGAAAAUGAGGAGAGUCUACAAAAGCGUUUGAAUGCAGCAAGGACUGAUAUGGAAAUGAGCAAAGAGCCAGGAUUAUUUGAUGUGGUCAUCAUCAAUGAUGAUCUUGAUGCAGCAUAUGGGAGAUUAAAAGAAGCUCUUCUUCCGGAAAUUCAGAAGGUCAAAGUUUCCAACAAGGCUUAGAUGAGGACAUUUCUGCUAGCCACAGCAACCUCUACUUACAACCUUAUUUCCAUCAUAGUUUUCAAAUCGGAACAUUCCAUCCCAGAUGCUUUUUCGGAUUCGGAAGUUCACUCAAUACUCCAACAUCCAUUGAAUGUAAACUACAUUCACUUAUUAAAAGGUGCAGGGCAUUAUUCCAUACUAAGUAGAUGGAAAGAUUGCUACUUUAUUUACUUUGUAAAAGGUCAAACUCAUAGAUUCAACCAGCAAACACUCAGAACACUCAAGUCUGUCUUUAAAACAUUUGUUUUGCUUCAUAUCUUUGCUUCAAAGGAAACCACAACACUUGAAAUUGACUCGAGAUGUCUAACCAGCAUGACCAUUCAUUUUUGUUUUUCCAUGCUGAUCAUCUCUAAUGAUAACUCCUGUAAAUAGUGUUGCAUACAUGUACAGAUUAACAAUUUCCAUUUACAAUGUUUUAAAAAUGACACAUAUAGACACGGAGCUUCCUGAAUUCAGAAAUCGUGUUUCACCUGCAUAUUACCUGAAUAUUGUAAUGUUUACUAGCUUUGAAAGUUUAAUAAGGGGUGCAAACCAGGUCAAUGCUGGCAGAUUAUAAACACAGCCAUGAGUUAUGUGUUUUUUGACAUAUGUUUUUUGACAUGUUGUUCAUGCACAGGUAAAGAUUUUAGUCUUUAGUCUACGUAUAAAAAUAUCUUUAGUAGAUGUUUUUCUUAAAACCCCAAAAGUCUUAUUUGUUUGUAGUUUUUUUACUGUUAUUACUGUUAUAAUACAUAUAUAACUUUAAAGCACUGUAACAAAUGACAGCAUGAUGUACAGUUAAUUAACUUCCACAACAGGCUUAGAUAGUUUUUGUAAUUUUUUAGUAUUGAGAAUAUUUUUGAAGUAAUGAUUUUUCUGACAGAAUUUUUGUUUACAUGCUUAAUACAUUUAAUACAAUUGUGCCUCAUGCCAAACAACAAUUGAUGGAUACCCAAUGAUCCAUUUUAUUUGAUAAAUUAAGCUUGUGUCAACAAUCAUUUUUCCCCAUCAGUGACAAUAUAAUGAGCUAAAUGCACUGCUGUAAUGUACAGAUGUAUGUAAUGUAUUACUUUUAAAAUGUGUUUGGGUUGUCUCUUUC